GUUGGUAAAAAUUGAAAAUAAGUAAGUUUGUGAUUACUUGCCAAAUAUGUAACAUUAGCUACACAGAAGCAAGAAAAUAGGUAAUGUAUCUGUUUGGUAAUUAUAAGUUACUUAAAGUUAUUAAAACCAACUCUUUCUACUUUAGCUUAUACUAACAUGUCAAGUAAGCACUAAUGCGCAACAUGUAUUAACUAGUUAUUCCCUUAAUUAUAAGCAAAGAAAGAAUGCUGGCUCAUUAAAUUUGCAUGUUUAUGCACAAUAAAGGGAUAACAAGUAAUUACAGCAGUGGUGGUGGUCUUUCUAUGACGAGCAGUGCUAGCCUUAGCCAAUUCUCUGCUGCAAUAAGUGAGAAUGCUUGUUUAAAAUUCUCUCUUUGUUAACUAUUAUCAGCCUGGAAGUUAAUAGGAUGUGUGAAUUGUGAUGGAAACGGGGGUGUUAAUAGGACGUGUGAUUGGAAUGUAUUAAUUUGACGAAACUGCUAAUUUUGUGCAAGAAUUUUUUUUAUUUUUUAUUUUUUUUCUCUGAAGUGAACCACGUGUGGGGAAAACAGAAAUGUCCCAAAAUGCUCUGUUCUGGUUCAGUCAGCCUCAUAAGUGGAUUUUUUUUCUGAGUAAAAGUCACGAUUAGAAUAUGUUUGGUUAGGUGAUAAAGGAAAUCGGAAUGAAAUGUAUUUUGCCCACUCCACUAAAUAAAGUAUUAUUGCUUAUUUUACUUGUAAGUUAAUGUUUUGAUCUUAACUAAAGGAGUAUACCAACAGCCCAACUUGUUAUUUGGACAGGAUGCAAAACUGAUCACAGUGUAAAAGAGAUCAGAUUCAGAUCUAGUUUCAUUCCAUUUCUAUCUUUGCUGGAAGAUAAUGGUCCAAUUACUCUUUUUCAGGAGGCUUGGCAAUUUACUAAUUGUUGAGGGGAAGUUUUGUUUCGAUACUAACGACGUGGUUUUAUCUUUGGAAAUUGUUUUAAAGAAUGAUGUUCCACAAAACGAGAUAGGUGGAAGGAUUUGCGAUCUCAGUAUGGGUGGUAUAGGAAAUAUUACUCCUAAGUGCUAUGGAGAAGAUUCUUCAAGUAGAUGCUACAAUUACGACGAGAUGCAGAUUGCAAAUAGUGCAAGAUGUGUAUGAGAAGCUCGAUACAAGUUACAAAAACAAGCUUAGUGAAAGCUGCUUUGGAUCUCUCCUUAGGUUGAAGGACAUAAAGUUGGCUUCACAAGUUAUACAUCAGUUAUUAUUGCGAAAGAUAAGGACCAACAAAAAAGAAGUUUGGUUUAAGAUAGGAGAGAAAAAUGCAAAAUUUGGAUUGGAAGAAUUUAUUUUAGUUACGGGCUUAAAUGCGGGUGAUGAUAACGACGUAGAUAAGACCUUGGGGGAAGAGUGUCGGAUCGUGAAAGAGUAUUUUAAGAAUAGUGGGGGGAAGAUAACAAAGGGAGAUUCUUACAAUGCAUUUGUAAAUUGCAAGAAAAGAAAGAGCGAUAAGUAUAAGUUAGGAUUGAUCGUAAUCUUGGCGUACGUCCUGUGGGCUACGGAAGAGAAUACAUACAUCGAUUUAUGGUGGCUAGACUUGGUGGACGAUCUAGAUAGGUUCGAGACGUAUCCAUGGGGAAAUUUUCAUUUGAAUAUACGAUCAGUAUAUUCAAACGUGAGAUGGGAGAUAAAUUGAAAAGUUCGGACGUCGAAGGUGAAUCACGUUGCCGAUAUUCAUUGCACGGCUUUCCCCUCGCUAUAAUGCGAUCCCAACUUUGGGAAUGAAGUUUGGUAUGAAAUAUCCAGAUGUAAUACCAAGAAUGGUCGCUUGGGAAAUGCCGAAGAGGUUAACGUCUGCUGCCAUUGAGAACGUGUUGAAUUCGAAGGAGUUGGAAGUUAAUUCCACAUUGAUUCCCACCGAAGCUGAACUUGAAGAGGCCUAUUGGAAAGAGUUGAAACCAACUGUAGAAGAAGAUGAGAGUGUUUCACAUCAUUCCGAAGGAGACGAGGUUGAGCAAGAUGUCGAGCCAUAUCAUGCAUACCACGAAGAGUCUCCUAGAGCAACCCAACCACCACAGCGUGGUUUUGAGAUCAAUAUAGAGGAUUUAUUGAGAACGGAAAUUGAAAAACUUGAGGGAAGGCUAUAAGCAGUUAUAUUGACUCGACUUGAUCGGAUGGAGAAAAAGAUUGACAGGUUAGUUGAAUUGGUUGUGGCGGGUCGAUUUCAUCCAGCAACUAGUGCAUUUGAUGGUGCCACUAGUAGCACAUCUUAUGUACCAGAAAAUGAACCGAAGGAUGGGUUGGAAAAGGAGGUUGGGUUUGAUGAUGUGACAGAUGUACAUGCUGUUGAAAGAAAGGUAGAUCUGCCUGAAGAGAAUUCAAAGUUGGAGGAGGAGGAGGUUAGAGGAAAAAAAUGUAGGAGGGAAGGAGUUGGAAACUGAGCCUGGAUUUGAUGAUGUGAGAGAUGUGCCUGCCUCUUUGGACAUAAAUCGUGACCCGCUACUGGUUUACCCGGCUUAGGAUAAAACAUUGAUGGAAGUUUGAAACCGUAAAAACCUUAUUACCAAUUUCAAUUUCACGUAAUUCUUCUCUUCUCCACUGACGACAUCAGGUUUGUGUUGUGUAUAACGAUGAAAUAGACUCAGACAUGAAAAAUUUGUAUAUUUGUCUAGUAAGCUUACAAGAAGUUCAUACCUAUAUUAAGAAAAAAUCUUCCCAAAACUGAGCUUAGCGAUCAUCUAGAGUCGAGACGCUUCAAGAGUCUUCGCCAAGAGAAAGAGACGGCAGAAUCAACUAGACAAUAUUACGAUGAUGUUAUAAAAUUGAUAUGCAAUUCAUAUUUGAUAUGUUCUUAUCUAUUUAACAUAUGAAAAUUUCUCAACGACUCUGACUUCUUGCGCUA